UUCCAGAAGAGAAAUAAUGUUGAAGGAUUCCAGGGACUGAUGGUUGGUUAAGAACCAACUAUUAGAGUAGAUUGAAUAGGUCUAGUCAGAAACUGGAUUAAACCUCUUUGUAUAUUCUUCCUGUGGUUUCAAGAUAAGUCUGGGAAACAUCUGAUAAAAUGGCUAAUCCAGGGAGCAGUAGUAGAUACGGAGCAACCAACCUUGUCAGCAGGUUGUUAACAAGAAAUAGUUCUGAAGACAUGGCUCAGCUUGUUCAAGGACAGCGAACCCUUUUCAGAUCGUUGAGUGGAGCUCCUGACAGAACCAACCUACUCCAGGAUUCAACAGAAGAGGAUGGAAGAACUCUGGGAACUCUCAAGGGAGUGUUUGCUCCUGUCUCACUAUCCAUGUUCUCCGCUCUACUAUUUCUCCGUAUGGGAUAUAUAGUAGGGAAUGCUGGGUUCUUGGAGACAGUUCUCCAGUUCUUGAUUGCUUAUACAAUCCUAGUUUCUACAGUAUUCUCAAUCUGUGCUAUUGCAACCAAUGGAGCUGUCAAGGGAGGAGGUGUAUACUUUAUGCUGUCUCGAACUAUGGGACCUGAGUUCGGAGGUUCUAUCGGAAUUCUUUUCUACUUUGCUAAUGUUGUGAGCAGUGCUUUGUAUGUAACUGCAUGUGUGGAGGGGAUUACAAAAAACUUUGGUCCUGAAGGAGCUUUUAUGGAGUUGCUUCCUGAUGGAAAAUGGUGGAAUAUACUCUACUCGUCUUCCUUCAAUAUUUUCAACUUUCUCCUCUGUUUGGUCGGAGCAGAACUAUUUGGGAAGACGAGCAUUAUUAUUCUGGCAAUUGUUACUUUAUGUUGUACAGGGGUAAUAUCCUCAUUCUUUCUGGAUAAUUAUGUUUCUACGGAGUACAAUGUAACUAUCUCCAACGGAACGGCCAACUGGACGGAGAUAGUUAACGGAACCUUUUCCGGGUUGAGCUGGAACUCUCUGGAGGGUAUAACUGAGCUGUGGUAUCAGAACCUGUAUCCAACCUAUAUCCAGGACUGUGAAGACUCCAGUGCUAAAGUCAGUUUCUUCACUGUCUUCGGAGUUCUAUUCUCUGGAACCACAGGUAUAAUGGCCGGAGCUAAUUUAUCCGGAGAAUUAAAGAACCCUGGUAAAUCUAUACCUCGGGGAACACUCUCAGGCUGUGCCUUCACCUUCGUCACAUUUAUUAUUCUCUCCGUCCUAACCUCCCUCACAUGCAACCCUGUCUUACUACACCAGGAUUGUAUGUACAUGGUACAUUUUACUUUCUGGAAAUGGUUGGUUCUCAUCGGAGUAAUAUUCGCUACCUGGUCUGCAUCCUUGAGCAACCUGAUCGGAGCCAGCAGGGUUCUCCAGGCAGUAGCAGAGGAUACAAUGUUUGGUCCGUUCCUUCAUUUUAUACUCAAGGGGAAGAUUAGUAACAAUCCAAUUGUAUCCGUCCUAACAACAUCGCUCCUGGUUCAGAUUUGUUUCUUCCUUGGUGGUUUGAACCAAAUUGCGCAGCUCUGCUCUGUUUUAUUUCUUCUCUCCUAUGCUAGUGUGAACCUGGCUUGCCUGGGUCUGGUUCUCUCCUCUGCUCCGAACUUCAGACCUGCGUUUAAAUAUUUCUCUUGGCACACCAGCCUGGUUGGAUUAAUUGGAACAUCUAUCAUGAUGUUCUUAAUUUCACCAUUGUUUGCUGCAAUCGCGAUCCUGCUCUGCCUAUCCCUCAUCCUUGCCUUGAACUUCCUCUCCCCCGCCAGGAACUCUAACUGGGGUUCCAUCAGUCAAGCUCUUAUAUUUCAUCAGGUUCGGAAGUAUCUUCUCCUGCUGGAUCCUCGUAAAUCCCAUGUCAAGUUCUGGAGACCUCAGAUCCUUCUCCUGGUUCAUAAUCCCCGGUCUACCUGCGCACUCAUAGAUUUCGUCAAUGCAAUGAAGAAGGGAGGAUUGUAUGUAUUGGGUCACGUGACCUCAGGAGACCUUGCAGCAGUUGAAGAGGAUCCUAUUACUAAGGAAUAUCCAGAUUGGUUGGGACUAGUUGAUCAUCUCAAGGUGAAAGCCUUUGUGGAGGUAACGAUGGCCUCCAGUGUGAGGAACGGAAUAGAACAAUUAAUCCGUGUAUCAGGGAUCGGAGCAAUGAAACCUAACACUAUUCUUCUAGGGUUUAGAGAUGACAGUGUUCAUUCGGACGAUCUGAUCAGUUCCACUUCUCCGUACUGUGAUCCAACCUUUCACGAUGCUUUUCCGUCCAUAGACCAGAACUACAACAAGAUAUCCUGUGAAGAGUAUGUAGGAUGUAUCCAGGAUACCUUGAAACUACAGAAAAAUAUAGGUUUGUGUAGAAACUUCCAACUCUUGGACAGAAAUGAAGUUUUCAGUUCCGAGUUAAAGUACCGUAUACGGGCUGGAAGAAAACGUUACCUGGAUGUUUGGCCGGUCAACUUCCUGAGCGGAGAGGAUACAGAUAUUACAGAUAACACAUCACUCUUCCUCUUCCAACUAGCCUGUAUUGUUAAUAUGGUUCCAAAGUGGAGAAAGCAUCAGCUUCGUGUAUUUAUGUGUGUCAGGGCCGCAGAUUCUGAUAUUGCAGGAAAGGAAGCAGAUUUGAUUAGAUUACUGGAACUACUCAGAAUCAAGGCUGAGACUCAUGUUCUGAUUUGGGAUCAUUUAACAAGUCUUUUCCAGGCAGAAUCAUCUCAAGUUCUGACUGAGGAAUGUGAGGAACCAAAUAUCAGUCAGGAAUAUCUCCUGGAAUCCAAUGAAUUUAUUCGUUCUAAGUGUGUUGAGACAGCUGUAUCCUUUAUAUACCUACCCCGGCCUCCUGUAUCUCCAGACCUUCAUGUUCAGUAUCUUCAUCAGCUAGAUCUUCUUACUAGAGGACUUCCUCCAUCCAUCCUUGUACAUGGAGUUAGUCCUGUUAUGACAACUACUUUAUAAAAUAAGAAAAUAUCUGAUUAGCUGAUCAAACUUUACAACACAACUUGAUCCAUCCAUAUUUUCUAGAAUUUAUACAGUUCAGAUUUUUACAAGAAUUAACGAAAUUGUAGAUAAUUUAAGAUUAUCUAUAAGAAAAUGAUAAUAAAAAGCAAACAUAGUUGUUUACGAGAGAAAUUAUGCCAAAAAAUGAAACCAAUUUAUUCCUGUUCUCUACCACGGCAUUUUUGUAAAUAAUUGAGAUUUUAGGUUUAGAUUAAAGAACAUAACUACCCCCCCCCCUUACAUCUUUUUCUCUUUUUUAUUAAUGUGAAAAAUGUUCUUUUCCUUGUCACUUACAGGUUUCAACCAAUUACUGAUACAGUUUUACCAAUAAGGAUUAUAGAUUUUAAUUAAUUUAUAUAAUUAUCUAAAUUAUUCCCAGUGUUUUAAGUAUUUUAGAUUUUCCCCUGAAGGGAUUCUUCAAUGUUUUUUUAAAUUAUUUAUUUUCAAUUUAUUUUAGGAAAACCAAAUCAAAUCUUCACAAAGUUUUUUGCUUGUGCUUGGCUAAUCCGCCAGAGAUAAACCGGUUUUUCUGUUGAAGAUCCGUUACCUGUACUUUUCAUCAAAUAAUCUUUUUACAAAAUAAACAAUAAAACCAAACGAUUUUUUAUCUCUGUUACAGAAUUU